GCCCUCCUAAAAUGGGCAGGAUCAGGUGCGGCGCGACCACACCCACAAGAAGCUACUCCAUCACUCUCCUUCCCGGCGAUGGCAUCGGCCCCGAAGUCAUCUCCGUCGCCAAAGGCGUCCUUAGCCUCGCUGGUUCACUUGAAGGUCCUCUUUUUUCCUUCGACUUCUGUACGCUGUUUCUUGGGUUUUUUUGGAACACCCUUCUGUUUUUGCUCGCCGUUUGAUUGAAGCCCGUUUAGCUCUGAAGGUUGUAUUAUGUUGAAGUUCCCUCCUUUUGUGGUCCCGGAUCCGCAGGACAUGUGUUCUGAGUACUGUCAACUGUCAAGUGAAUAUGAGAUUCAAGCGGGAUGAACUGACUGAAUUUGAUUUUAGCUGGACAGCCUGAAAACUCUCCUAUGCUGGGAGACUUCGGCUAAUAAACUCUGUUGUUUACAGUUUGGAUGCUCGUGGUGGCUCUAGAGUUAGUUGGGACUUUGCAUGCCUUCCUAAGCAGGAGGGAGGGCUUGGACUUCAUAAGCUGCAUCCAUGAGGAACAUACAUUCUAUUAGGAGAUGCUUGUGAAGAUUAUCGAGGGCCGAUUCUCUUUGGAUUGCCUGGAUUUAUCACUAUCCUUUGACAAGGAGUAGCAUAUUGUCUAUUUCAGCCUUUGCUGAUUUCACUUUUGCUCGAAGAAAGAUUUUGAAGGUAUUGAAUUUGGUUUCCAAGAGAUGCCUAUGGGAGGAGCCGCUUUGGAUUUGACUGGAGUUCCAUUGCCUGAUGAAACACUAUCAGCAGCUCGGCAAUCUGAUGCAGUUCUUCUUGGAGCAAUUGGAGGGUAUAAGUGGGACAAUAACGAAAAACAUUUGAAGCCAGAAACUGGGCUGCUUCAAUUAAGAGAAGGUCUUAAAGUAUUUGCAAACUUACGGCCAGCUACUGUAUUACCUCAGUUAGUUGAUGCUUCAACUUUGAAGAAAGAAGUUGCUGAAGGUGUUGACCUAAUGGUUGUAAGGGAGCUCACAGGCGGAAUAUACUUUGGGAAACCAAGGGGUUUUAGUUCCAAUCAAAAUGGUGAGGAGAUUGGUUUCAAUACUGAAAUAUAUGCAACAAGUGAGAUUGAUCGCAUUGCUCGAGUUGCUUUUGAGACUGCCCGAAAGAGGCAUCGAAAGCUUUGCUCCGUUGACAAGGCUAACGUAUUGGAGGCAUCAAUGCUUUGGCGGAGAAGAGUCACAGCGAUUGCCCUCGAAUACCCUGAUGUUGAACUAACCCAUAUGUACGUAGACAAUGCUGCAAUGCAGCUCGUUCGUAAUCCAAAGCAGUUUGAUACAAUUGUAACAAACAAUAUAUUUGGUGAUAUAUUGUCUGAUGAGGCUUCGAUGAUUACUGGAAGUAUUGGGAUGCUUCCAUCAGCAAGUCUUGGCGAGAAGGGGCCUGGACUUUUUGAACCUAUUCACGGUUCUGCUCCCGAUAUUGCUGGACAGGAUAAGGCAAACCCCUUGGCGACUGUGUUAAGUGCUGCUAUGCUUUUGAAGUAUGGAUUAGGGGAGAAAAAUGCAGCAGAGCGAAUAGAAGCUGCUGUCCUCGAUACUCUUAAUAGAGGCUUCCGGACUGGUGACAUAUAUUCUGACGGCAAUACAUUGGUAGGAUGCAAACAAAUGGGUGAAGAGGUACUAAAGUCGGUGGAAUCUGAAGUUCUGGCGACAAUAUAAGUAGGAGGGUGUCCUAAUUACAAAGAUUGCAAAGAUUGUAACAAGAGAACUGAGUUGCCGCUCUGAAAGAUCAGCUAGACAUCAGCCAGAGAUCUACUUGGUACGGCAUUGGCUAUUUCAUUAUUUUCAGAUUGAGCACCUAUAUCAAAACAGUUUAACAUUUCGUGGUGAUGUUGGUAUCACUCAGAGUAUUCAUCCAUUUACAGGCUUUGUUAAUUUGUGCUGCAGAAACUAUAUAGACUAAUGUGAAAUUACAGACAAUGUGAGAUUCUCGUUCCUUCUGUUUA